UUAUACCAUAGCUACAUAUUAUAUAUUAUAAACUAUUAAUAAUAUUUUUUUUUCGGGGAUUGUCGAUGUUUUAAGUCAUCUCAUAUUUGAAUGAAGUUCGGUUUGGAUAUUGAUAGUAAAUUCAUUAAAUAUAGUUAUCAUCUAUAAUAUGAACAAAAUGGGAGUACCAACAGAAUCUACAUUUCUUGAUGUCAAGCUGCCCCAAACUCUUCUAGAAUCACCGUCAACAUCGACCUUUUUGCCAGAGGAAGAGGCUGCUUUUUGUCCAUUACUCUCAAGUAGAAUGUCAGGUCCCAUAGCACAUCCACUGAGUCCAAAUCAUAUGAACAUAGACGGAACUACGUCACAAAUCAGUUUAGAUGGUAAGGCAGAAUCAAGCUCUACAGAUAGUAGUAGCGGGAUAGCAAUCGACGUCCAGGAAUCCACUACCAACAACCUAUACCAUAAUGGAAGCUAUCAACAUCUACAAAAUAACAAUAUAAAUACACAAGAGGAUACCCAUUUCAUUGGAAAAAAAUCGAAAGACGCUCCCUCAUUUGUAUCAUGGAACUGGCCGCUUAUUCGGAAAUUAACUUUUUUUGUUUUUGCCGCUGCUAUUUUUGCUAUGUGCUCCAUAGUUGUUGCAAAAAUAUCUACUAUGCCAAAAUCUUGCAAUCCAAAAACAACAUGGUACCGUGGAGGUGUAUUCUACGAAAUAAGAUUUCAGGAUUCGGAGUAUAAAGGAAUUAGUGAUAUUAAUGAAAUAAACAACCGCGUUGACUACCUUUCCUCGUUAGGUGUAGCAGCAGUCAGACUAAAUUCUAUUUUUUUUUUACCAGGAAAUGAUAAUGUCACUUCGAUACUGCACAUAGAUCCUGAAAUUGGUUCUGUAUCCCAGUUAAAAGUUUUAAUCGAUACCUUAAAAUCUCGAAAUAUAGCUCUGCUCCUAGACAUACCAUUAGAUACAAUAUUUGUUAAAACUCACAGCAACCAAGAAAUAGUCUAUAAUCAAAUUACUAGAACAAUAACUUCGAUGGUUGACAAUGGAGUGAGCGGCUUUUAUUUAAAAGGACUUGAUUUUUUUUCAAACGAUUUGGAGCUUCUUAAAUACUUAGCGAUUUGGAAACGUAUAGUUGGCACCAAUAGAAUUCUGAUAAUAAACGAGAAUGUCUUAAAAGGAAAACCAACUGAAUUAUUAACAGAAAUUCAUCAACAUAUUGAUCUUGUUGACGUUUGCCUAGACCUGGAAGGUGGCACGAAGAAAAUAACGAAACGCAUAGAAAAUGUAUUAGUAAACAUGCCGUCAGCCGAACAAAAAACUUGGAUACACUGGUCGAUUGUUGAUACCCACUUAAAAUAUCAGCGGGAUCGAGAUUAUAUUAAUUCGAAUUUAGCAACAGCUGUCACUAUAAUGCAGCUUAUGCUGCCAGGUACACCAAAUAUAAUGUAUAAGGAUGUAAAUAGUGGAGAUGAAUAUAACAGUAUAAGAAUGUCUAAGCAACCUGAUGGCUCUAAAAUUGUAAGCAAUAUGAUAUCUCUGCGGAAGCGUUCCCCCUCUAUAUAUGAAAGUGCCAUUUGUAAGUCAAAUAGUAAUACUCAAAAUACUUUAAUAAGAAAUAUCAAUGAAGACACAAUUAUUAUCGUCCGAAACUACCCACGAAGAAACUCCUUUGCAUCUGUUACAAACCUAGGACACAAUAAUAUUACCUUAGACUUGACGUCAACAUUUUAUAGUGGUACUCGAAUGCUCACUGAUGAAACCGAUAAAAUAUUUUUCAAGCAUUUUAAAAUAGAUCCCUUUGAUACAAUUGUUGUUAAAUUGGAUAAGUAAAACUCAUCAUAUUUAAUUUGUUUGCAAGUCUAGUCUGUUCCAAAAAUUGUUAAUUUCAGCUAAGAUUUAAAAAAUAAACCAAACCCAACGACAAACUAUGAAGAAAUUAGAUUACUUUGUCCCCGCGAAUUUCCUCUAGAUUGGCAACCUUUUCGGAGUCUGUGUACUUAUCUUUAAAAAAUAUUUGAUUGAUACGAUAAGCUGCUGUCUGUUCUUUGCAAUUAUGUUUACGACGGCAGCGAAACUAGUAUUAUGCCGACUAGGUUUAGAACCUGCCCUUCGUUGGGACUACCUGUAGCAUGCAAAUGAGAUCGCCCUCCCUGAAAGCUGCAGGUGAUGUGUAUCGGAGUUUAUCUGAGUUUUUAUUUCCAAGCCAUAAGAAAAGGCUUGGCGAUGAUAAAGUCAAAAUAAAACACCAUUU